AUGAAUUUAAUGAGGGAAGUGUAUUUAAAUAUCAAUGCGAACCUAAACAACUCAUUUAGUGAUGAAAUGAGAGCAAUAACACUAAAAUAUUGCGCUAAAACAUCAACUUUUGUACCCGAGAAAAUAAAAGGCAAAAUGACUCAGGCAGAUUUAUGUCUUCUGUUUGUUUCGAAGCAUUGGCAUAGUCAACAUUUUUUCGCAAUUGCAAACUGUCAUGAAACAACAGAUGAUCAUAGCAAAGGAUAA